CCGAUCUCUCAAGAAACGAAGCAGUCGAUGUAUGAAAGCAACUUCACCAGUAAUGAUUAAUUUUCGCUAAUUCGUCUCUUAUCAUUGGCUCGCGGAUCAUUCCGAAAAGCCAUCAAAAUGCGUUGAUUGGCAUAACCCUACGAAUACUAAUUGUUGAUUGGAUAGAAUUAAUGAGCGGCUAUGUGGAAUCAUAAAUUAGGUCUCAUGUUUGAUAAGCCGGCGAGACUUGAUUGGUUGGUUGAACAAUAGCACCUAAUUGCACAACAAAACGCGUGGCUAAUAUGUCCGAUUCUGAUUCUAAUUACUUCAUGCAAUAAUGGCAGGCAUUGAAAAACGGAAUUCUAGCGAAAUCAUCUUGGAAGCUUUUCUUGGGCGCGUGUGAUAGUCCGAAUUACUUAACUAGAUCGAAAAAAAGGAUAUCUAUUCAAGUCUAGAGACUGUUGGCGCGAAAUUGAAGCACACUGGUGAUCGUGGAGAAUACAAUUUUACGGGUCUAAUGAAGGAGAGAAACCAUGAGUACUGCAAAAACUACAGAGACUGAUUCAGCAUCAACUGGUGGAAAUAACAGCAAAGCAAGUUCUACUUCUGAAACAACAGUCAAUGAUACUUCAUCAUCUGAUGGGAAAGAUUUACUUCACUCCUUAAAAGGGCAUGUUUCAUUUGCAAAGCAAUGUCUUGGACUUUUGCAAAACCAAAUGAAACAUGCCAUGGACACUCUAGAUAUCCUUCAGGACCAAGUCACUAAAGCUCAAUCAACUAUAGAUAAAAUAGAAAGAAAGGAAAAUAAGAAAUCAAUUUCUGAGAAAGGAAACUCUGUUGAUUAUAUAGCUUCAAUAGAUGAUGGAACACAAAGGGAAGUUCAGUUGCAUGGCCAUCACAUGAUUGUUAUUGAUAGCAAUGGACAGCCAUUGUAUUCUAUUGAUAAACCAGGGACUUCUUACAGUAUACCUCCACAACACCAAGGGGGGGCAUGCCUUUGUUCAGCAUGUACUAAUGGAGGGCAGCCUGUUUUUAGAAGUGGCCAGGAUCAUGGGUGUACAGAUAAGGGGCAGCAAAUUAUCACCAUUCAUCCUGGCCAGGCUGUUUAUCCAAUUGAUGACAAACAAGUUGCAUCUCUAAUGGGCUCCUGCAAGGAUGAAAAUGAUGAAGCUAAUGUUGAAUCAAAGGCUGGUUAUUCAAAUGAUGGCUAUGACUGUCAAAAGAAAAGAAGGUGUUCUUGCCCGACUUAUGUUGAAACUUCACCCAGAUCUGAGGAUGAUGAAAAUCGUCCUGAAAGUCCCCAUGGAAACUGCUCAAAUGCUGGAUCAAAUGCAACAACAAAUGCAAUAAGUAAUUCCUCCAAGUCUACAUCACCCAUAGCAACACAGCUUCUACAAGUUAUUGAUGUUUUACAAAAUGCUGGUGAUGACGAAAGGAUAGAUUCAGAGACUUCUAGCUCCUUUACUAGAUCUCUUAGAAGUUCAAGUACCAGCUCUUCAAUGCCCUUUACGGGACCUGUCCCACAUCCCGUAUAUACGGCGUCUGGUACAGGAAUCUUAGCAGCAGCAGGCCGUAAGACCAGAAAACAAGACAUGAGCCCCAUAAAGAAAGAAAAUCAAGCAGGUCGCGAUGCAGAACGUGAACUCCCCGAACUAAUGAAGGUCCCACCGCCAGUGCUAGCAGCAACCUUAGAACCCGAUUUUCUGGUCGUUCCUGGUAACAGCUACUUCGCGGACAGCCCUCCGUCUACUGGAACUCCAACCAGGGAAAAAGAAAAAUGGACAUCUAGUCGAGACGACAAAAGUUCCUACGAAAGACGUAACUCAAAAGAUAGCCAACUAUCAGGUUACGAAACUGCGAGCACAUCUCUCGCUGAUGUGAAGAAAGAACUUGUUGAAACGAUGAGGUCCUCGUCUGUAAGUUCGAUGGCGUCGGAAGGGUCUUCGCGGAGUCCAUCAGAAUCGUCCAUUUCGGAGAAAUGCGCCACUCGAGGUUUGGAUGAGUCGAAAGAUGCCAAUCCAUUGGGGGAUAAAAUUGUUCGCAUUUCAAGGAGAAGCUCACAAGAGAGCACAGUUCGAGACAAACAAAAAGAUCAUAGCGCUGUUUAUUCCCCGACUACCUUACAUAAACACCCUGACGGAGACUCGGGUUCUCUGGACUCAGAGGUGACAGGAAGUAGCUCGACGCGUCGCGCAAGGCCGUCUUUAUUAAAUUCCCUCGUGACAGACGCGGAAUCUCCAAAUAUACAAUCAUCGCCAAUAUCUCCUAAAAGGUCUUCAACGCGUGCAUUAAAAGCUACUCCACUCAAUUCUCAGGUUACAAUGACAGAGUUGAACGAAAUGCGACGUAGCCAAUCGUUGGAGUAUACGUCGAAUCCAGGAAUCGUACGGAUAUCGCAUGCCACCCCGAUGACAUCGGCUGUCCAAUCAAAUCAAUCAAAGACUGAUACUCCUAGGUUAGCGCCUACUGCAUCUCCGGCUCAUUCUAACGAUAAAAUAACGUCUUCAAGGAAUUCUUGCGUUCAUAAUUCCGAAUCCAAGUCCUCGGAUCUCUCGCUUGUUACGACAUACUCCGUGGCUCAAAUCGGUAACGACGAAGCGAAUCCUCCUCUUUCUUGUACAUCGCCUACGAAGAGACCGAAUAUUCUCUCUCGAACACGCCAAGGUAAAAAGGACAUCCCACAAGGCAUAGUAGUGUUAGUUCCUACUAUAGAGGACGCGAGGCAAUUAAUUAAGUCGACUGGAGGGAGUCAGGCCAACACGCCGGUCUUAGUCCCUCGGAACGUCUUAAAUCAGUUUAGCGCAAAUGGGGAAGCGCCAAAAAGUAGCGUGGAUAAGCAUGUUACGAGCGCGUUGCCUGGGAAACGGCCACAUAACCAAGACAACAGCGCGUCCCAUUCUGGACCCAAGAGACGCCACAAUGAACCUAUGGUUAUAGACUAAACUGUAUCGGGAUGGCAGGGGAAAUGUUUUAAAAUUCAAGCGAUUUUUCAUGUGAUGUAGCCAUUCUUUGCGCACGUUUUUACGCAAAGUUUUAAUACCAGCAACGUCGAUCGACAAUUCAAACGCAACUGUGUUGCGCUUCAAGUUGUACGAUUUUGUUACAGUACCAGUAUUUUUGAACAGUACACUUUUGCUGACCGUGCUUCCCGCAGCUUGUCGUCUUGUGAAUUCUGAACUUCAAAGUUUUAAGUCGUCGCUCUCUGAUAAAGAUGUGAACUAUAGAAAACCUACCUUACGAACAUCAGUCUUUAUAUCGCUAUUUGAUUGUUUUGUAGAUUGUAUAACUAUCAGAUUUUUAUUGUUGAAGCCGCGGUAAUGGGAGAGGUUAUCGCGCACCUGAUUUCGCGGUGGAAGUUGUGCGCAAAAAAUCCAAGUGAUUUUCGAUUCGCUCAAAAAAUGAACGUUACGUGAUAAGCUGCACAAGUUUGUCUGAAGUUUUCUCCACUCAUGACUGCAGUUGAAACAAAGAAUAUGGUUGUCCUUUUUGUGGUUACACAAGCAACUUGAUCUUCCUACGACUUAAAACGAACAGUGUAGAAAGAAAAGUCUCUCAAUGUUAAUAGCAUAAUCGGAACUAACUUAUGUUUACGAAAAGCACAUAAAAUAUUGAAACUUUUAUUAUUGAAUUUCUCUCUAAAGACGAUGAACCCUGAAUGCAUCUUGACGAAGAGAUUUUAAAGUACAAUCUUGAAGAUGGAAAAGUUGUAAAACUAUAAUUUAUUUCGCAUAUCAUACAUUUUUCUUAGCAGUAAAAGUCGGAGUGAGUCUGUAAUUUAAA